AUGGGGCCUGUGACGCUGGCAGCAGGAACAGGCUGUAAGGUUAUCUUCUCUCGGCGUCACUUGCCAAGUGGAAAUGGCUGUCACUUAGGAAAGACCCAGGAGAUGGAGCUGGGCCUGGAUGCUGCAGUCAUGGGACGCACGACCUUGCUUAUCACCCUGCUAUGUGCUGCUGCUACAAUCUCCCAGGCAUCAGAAUCCUGUCCAGAGGUGAAGGUCGUGGGACUGGAGGGCUCUGACAAGCUCAGCAUUCUUCGAGGAUGCCCGGGGGUACCCGGAGCCCAAGGGCCCAAGGGAGAGGCAGGUGUCAAAGGAGAGAGAGGAGAACGCGGUCUCCCCGGAAGCCCUGGGAAGGCAGGACCACCUGGCCUUAAAGGAGACCAAGGAGAGAAGGGGGCUCCUGGAGAGAAAGGAGAACCUGGGACACUUCAGGAUUGUAGUACAGGGCCUCGGAACUGUAUGGAGCUACUCACCCAAGGACACAUCCUGAGCGGCUGGCACACCAUCUUCCUUCCUGACUGUCAGCCCCUGACAGUGCUGUGUGACAUGCACACUGAGGGAGGGGGCUGGAUCGUCUUCCAGCGCAGGAUCGACGGCUCUGUGGAUUUCUAUCGGGAUUGGGCCGAGUACAAGAAUGGCUUCGGCAGUCAGCUGGGAGAGUUCUGGCUGGGGAAUGACAACAUCCACACCCUGACAACCCAGGGCACUAGUGAGCUCCGUGUGGACCUGGUGGACUUCCAGGGCAAUCACCAAUUUGCCAAGUACAGCUCAUUCAAGAUUGCAAAUGAGUCACAGAAAUACAAGCUGGCCGUGGGGGCCUUCGAAGGGGGCAGUGCAGGUGAUUCUCUGUCAUCCCAUAACCACAGUUUUUUUACCACCAAAGACCAAGACAAUGACCUGUAUGCUGGUAAUUGUGCCCAGAUUUUCAAAGGAGCCUGGUGGUACCACAAGUGUCAUGUGUCAAACCUGAAUGGUCACUACUUUGGGGGGAACCAUGAAAGCUAUGCUGAUGGAAUCAACUGGAAAUCGGGCAAAGGGCACAAUUACAGCUACAAGAUGUCUGAGAUGAAGCUGCGGCCCACCUAG